GGGGCGGGCGGCGGCGACGCGGCGCGGCUCCGCUGCCCACUCGCAGCCCGAGCUGGCUCCGCAGACCCGCGGCGAGGGCGGUGCGCUGCCGGCCGCCCCCGGCCCCGCCUUACGGCGCCCGCCAGGGCCGCGCCGCGUUCAAAACUUGCCGCGCUGGCGGCGGGCGGGCGGGAGGAGCGCCCAGGGGAGGCCGCGCCAGCUCAUCGCCCUCCGAGCGGGCAGGACGCGGGGCGCGUCCCCUCCCCCCGCCUUUCUGGCGUUAACUCGGAGCCCCCACCUCCCCCCGGAGACGGCAGCACGGCCCGCGCGGCUGCCCCGGGGGUCGGGGCGACGGCUGACGGGCUGACUGACGGGGGGCGGUGACUGACGGAUGACUGACUGACCACUGACUGACUGGCUGACGGACUGACGGGAGCGAGGCGGCUCAGUAUGGCGCUCAGUGGGGAGCAGGUGAACCUCAUCGGGCAGGUGUUUGAGUCCUAUGUUUUGGAGCACCACAAAGAUAACAUCCUCAGUAUCCUGAAGGAAGGCGACGAUGAGGCGCAUUACCCGGUCGUCAUCGACGCCUUGACGCUGUUUGAGACCAACAUGGAAAUCGGGGAGUAUUUCAACGCCUUUCCCAGCGAGGUCCUCCCCAUUUUUGACAGUGCACUGCGCCGGGCCGCCGUGACGGCCCUGCAGGCCGCAGCUGCGGCACCUCGUCUCAGCGUGAAGCCGAACCUGCACGCCAGGAUUUCGGGUUUGCCUGUUUGCCCAGAGCUGACCCGAGAGCACAUACCUAAAACCAGAGAUGUGGGUCACUUCUUAUCUGUUACUGGGACUGUCAUACGUACCAGCUUGGUGAAAGUCUUGGAGUUUGAACGGAGUUAUAUCUGCAAUAAGUGCAAGCACGUGUUUGUGGUUAAGGCUGACUUUGAACAGUACUAUACUUUCUGUCGUCCAACAGCCUGUCUUAAUGAAGAAGGCUGCAACUCAACCAAGUUCACUUGCCUCUCAGAAAUGUCCUCUUCUCCUACCAGCUGCAGAGACUAUCAAGAAAUCAAAAUUCAGGAACAGGUUCAAAGGCUGUCUGUUGGAAGCAUCCCUCGCUGCAUGGUGGUUGUUCUGGAAGAUGACUUAGUGGAUAGUUGCAAGUCUGGAGAUGACAUCACAGUGUAUGGAGUAGUAAUGCAGAGAUGGAAACCUUUCCACCAGGAUGCACGCUGUGACUUGGAGCUUGUUUUGAAAGCCAACUAUGUUAAAGUAAACAAUGAGCAGCUAGCAGGGGUUAUGAUUGAUGAAGAAGUCCGCAAGGAAUUUGAAGACUUCUGGGAAAAGCAUAGGGAUGAUCCCUUAGCAGGGAGGAAUGAAAUUUUGGCUAGCUUGUGUCCUCAAGUUUUUGGAUUGUACCUGGUGAAGUUAGCUGUAGCCAUGGUGCUUGCUGGUGGUGUACAGAGGACUGAUGCUACUGGAACUCGUGUAAGAGGUGAAUCACAUCUUUUGUUGGUUGGAGACCCAGGUACGGGGAAAUCUCAGUUUCUCAAGUAUGCAGUCAAGAUUACACCACGGUCUGUGCUUACUGCGGGAAUUGGAUCUACAAGUGCAGGUUUGACAGUGACUGCUGUGAAGGACUUCGGGGAGUGGAACUUGGAAGCUGGAGCCUUGGUGCUUGCAGAUGGAGGCCUUUGCUGUAUUGAUGAGUUCAAUAGUAUCAAAGAGCAUGACAGAACCAGUAUCCAUGAAGCAAUGGAACAACAAACCAUUAGUGUAGCUAAGGCAGGCUUGGUGUGCAAGCUUAAUACAAGGACAACUAUACUGGCAGCCACAAAUCCAAAAGGCCAUUAUGACCCUAAUGAAUCUGUCUCCGUUAACAUAGCUCUUGGCAGUCCUCUGCUGAGCAGAUUUGACCUGGUCUUAGUACUGUUAGAUACAAAGAAUGAAGAAUGGGACCGCAUCAUUUCUUCUUUCAUCUUGGAAAAUAAAGGUUUUCCAAGCAAAUCAGAAAAGCUCUGGAGCAUGGAAAAGAUGAAAACCUACUUCUGCCUUAUAAAGAGUAUACAGCCAAAACUGUCUGAUGAGAGCAACCUGAUCCUUGUACGCUAUUACCAAAUGCAGCGUCAGAGUGACUGCAGAAAUGCUGCCCGAACUACCAUUCGCUUAUUAGAGAGUUUGAUACGCCUUGCAGAAGCUCAUGCCCGGUUGAUGUUUAGAGAUACUGUGACUUUGGAAGAUGCUAUAACUGUGGUAUCGGUGAUGGAAUCUUCUAUGCAGGGAGGUGCACUUCUUGGAGGCAUCAAUGCCUUGCACACCUCAUUUCCAGAAAAUCCAAUGGCUGAGUACCGAACACAGUGUGAACUCAUACUGGAGCGACUGGAGCUGCAGAAUCUUCUGCACAAAGAGCUACGAAGACUUGACAGAUUACAGAGGGAAGACUCAUGCCAGCUACAGCCUGAACAGACAAGUUUCAGUACUACUGCAAGCUCCUUGAACAAGGAUGUAUUUGGGCAGCCAAAGCAAAUGUCUCAGUCAGAACCUUCAAAUGAAGAAGACAAUAACUCCAAGCCACAGUCUUCCUUGGCCAAAGGCAAUUGUGAAGGGGAUACACAUCUAGAACCCUUAGGCAACCCGGCAUCUGGUCGUAACAGAAGAACAAAACACUUAAUUAAACAUAGUAAAAGAGGUGAUGAUGGUAGCUUGGCAUGGUUUGACAGCUUGGAAGAGAACAACACUGAUGCUGAAGAAACUUUUCAGAAAAAGGCUCCGGUGCCCAAGAUAUCUCCAGAUGACUUGGCUUCAAAAACUCUGAGUAAAAAAUCCUGCUCUGGAGAAAGAAACACUUCAAUACCAAGCAGUGGAGUUGGAACGAGAAAAUCACUAACAACUGUGAAUCUUCAUGCUCCUUUGGAACAGGACAAAGUUUCUAAGAUAAGCAGGAAAAGGACUAAAGAACAUGAAUCUUUUUCUUCAGAAGCAAGUAUUCAAGACCCAGCAUCUCCCAGGGCUAGUGUGCAGGACUUGGUUAUUACACAGCGGGUUUCUAAGAGCUGGCAGAGACUGCACACAGAGAGAUCACGUGGAUUCUUUACAAGCACACAGGACCCCGAAGCAAAGACAAUUCCUUCAGUAUUAUCUGCAUCUGGCCUGCUAGAUCUUUCAGGUGAUGUGGAUCCUGUGUUAGGGGAGGAAAAGAAUAGCAAAUGUGUAACAGCAGAAAAGGCAAUAAUUUCCCUGAGAGAACAAAAUGAAGGUGAAGUAGUGAAGGAAGCAAAGGUAGUAAGUUCCUGGGAGCCAGAAAUCAUUGACAGUGAAGGACCUCCAGCAGCUAAACUAGCUAAAUUUUCUUUCAGACCAAGGACAAAACUUGAUCAUUCCUCUGAGAAGGAGUUCUGUCUUUUACAGAGUGAAACUAUUAGUAAGCCUGGAGAGCAGCUCCAAGGAGAACAUCGGCUGGAAGAAUAUUGCCCCCUUGAGAAAUGCAAAACAAAGUUGACUUGCUUAGGAAAAAAUAAUUCAGAAAAGGGACCUACUGAUAAUACUGGGAAAGGAGGGCAGCAGUGUGAGGCCUUAGGAAAAGAGAUCAGAGGAAGCGCAAUAAUACCCUCAGAUGUCAGUUUUGAUGCUGCAUCACUUCCACCCACUGAAAAGAAAAGGGAGGGAGAGGAGCAGGUUGGUGGCCCAAGCACAGAGAAGGUGCACUCCAGCACAUUAGCAAAACUGUCCAGGUUCUCCUUUGCAUCACGUCCUGAGUCAAAAUCAGAAAAUCCACCUGCAGUUAAGACUGACAGUAACAACAAGGGAAGCCAUAGCCCAUUGCUGAAGGUGCCUGUGAGCAAUCCUAGCAGAAGGAAGAGUUUUGCACUGGGAAAUGCCAGGAAUGCCAGUGUGGUCACACGGAAAUCUCUCUUCUCAAUAGCAGAGCUAGAUGAUGCUACAUUAGAUUUUGAUUGGGAUGAAGAGAUGAGGAAAAAUCCAAGAUCAUAACGUAUUUUCUCUGAAUUACAUAACAUGUAGUUCUGCUGUAUCUCUAGCCUUCUGUCAAUUGUAUCAACAGCAUCAAUAGUUUACAAAGCAUUUAAAAAUAAUCAUCUAGGACCUCUGUUUAUAUGAAUGAACAUACUUCCUUUAAAGGCCAUAUACUUUACAUCAACUAAGGAUUGUAUACACUGCAAACCUAAUGUGGCUUUUAGUUUUCUAAACUACUCCCAAGACUGCUUAUGUCAGUGGACUGUUUUAAUUGACCUGAUGUAACCCGAAGACUCAUACGUUUAUGUUCACAUAUCCAGAGUAUAGCGAGGCUUGCAGAGGAGCAGGUUUAUUUGACUGUUUUCCUUGAUUUCAUAUAGCAGUUAGAACUAUAUCUGAUUCAGAUUGGCCUUCCGAGGGACCGUGCCCCUUCAGAAAAAUGAUGUAGCUAAAGCUAUGUCAUUAGAUUUUGUUUCUCUGUACAUGCCUUUUCUCUUAGUGUGGUAAUCAUGCUGUGGUAAGUAUUCCCGUAUUAUCGGUAUCAUGAGAAUUUUGCUGCACCUCCUAUUACUGUGUUUCUCAUCACAUUGUUGAUGUUGAAGACAUGGAUCUAGGGCUUUUUGUUUCUGUUUUUUGAUUCUGGUUUUGAUUUUAAAUACAGUAGUUCAGGUAUCUGUGUCUGUAUUCUGGUUGCUUUAUCAAAACCCAACUCUAUAAUAAAUAUACAGUUCUUCACUGCAGAAAGAGAGAACAAAUUUCAGGUGAUUGAACAGGAGUCCUCAGUAGCCAAGGCAACUUCAAUGCAGGCAUUAAGCGCUGGCAUUAAAGUUACCCUUAAAACCUAACAGCAUGGUGAAAAGCUCACAUAGUGUAGCUUGAUUUUGGCUUAGAUAAUAUUUACUUGACUAUUUUAAUUAUGAUUAGUGUUUCACUAUAUCUGAUAUGCAGUUCAUUUUUUGUGGCGUGCUGCAUCCUUUGUCAUUCACUUCUCCAAUGGGAAAUUAAUCUACUAAUGCAUUACAUGUUUACAGAUAAUGGUAAGCCCUAAAUUUCCUUCAGUGACUUGCUUGGUAUGUUCCUUCUGUAUCUGAAUUCUCCACAGAAUAUUCUUUUUAUUACCUGCAAGGUAAACUGAGAGUGAAGUAGUUGCUUAGGGUGCAGUAAAUCCUUUGAGAGGCUUGCCAGCACAGAGAAGGUCUGAAUCUCUCUUAAUUUGUUUAAAUUUAGAAGUAGCUCCCUUGAAAGCAGGUGAGUUAAAAUAGUGUAAAAUUUCAGGGAGUGAUGGAGUGACCAGGCCCAAGUAACUUCAGUGUGAGAUAAUGAAAUCAUGAGAAACAGUUAUGUGUAGGUGGCUUAUUGUUAGAAUUUGGGGAAAAUGACAGCGAGAAGUUAUUGUCCAGAUGGUUUGUGUAGUAGUCACAGGGACAGUUCUCCCACUGGACCCAUGACUUCAAUCAAGUGAAAUUUUUCCACCUCCUUUCCAGAGCCCAGAGCCACCCUUUCCUGUUCCUCUGCAGAGCCCUGCUCCAGGGUGAGGGUGGCCUGCACUCGUCGCGCUCCUACUGUCCUCAGAAGUUGGAAGUUUCCUAUGGGAUGCUUCCUCAUACUGCAGCUGGGGAAGGGUCAAGUCAAGAAUCCUGAAGCUAUUAACAACAUUCAUAAUGGUCUUCCUGGUUGAAUUUUCAAAGGACAACUAAAAGCAUAGUUUUUUCAUUAUCAUUGCAGCUGUAUCAACCCCUGGCAUGCCAUGUCAUUUACAACCAAAAAUCUUCCUUGCUAGCUGCAUCUUUCGACAGAUGUUACUAGCUGGCCAGUGCAAACCCGGAAUUGCUACUGGAUCCCCAUAGUCAAGCACCAAUAUCAUUUUUUUUACCAUGCAAAAUGAUAAAGAAAUUUCAUCCUCUCAUGCUUGAAGUAUUGUUUCUCUCAUACCUUCCCUGUGAGAUCAUCAGCCUCAUCUGAUGUAAUUUGCUAUGUAGACUUAUGUAAGGAGCUGCUCCCAGGAACUGCAAGACCUUUUUCUAAACAUUGCUCUAUGGGAGUCUACUUGACUUUCCUCCCUCUGCCCAGUCAAAAUUAGAACUGUCUUGAAAUCAGUAGUCACAGUGGCACAAAAUUGAGGUAAAACUCAAGCUCCAAAUUUCCUUCAUACUCUCCAUACUUAUGGUGUGUUUGAGAAGCUUCUGGUUUUUAUAUUCUGCCUGUCUCAAAGCUUUUGCAUUGUAAGAUCUACCUGAGGGCCAGGAAAACUGCACAGGGAAGCAAGCAGUGACUGUAUUUCAAGAAAGCUGAAAUGCCAUAUAAUGCAGACAGCCAUUUUCCUUACUGAUGAGACAUGCAAAGCCUCCUGAAGUAAGAGGAUUCCCAAGUAGCAAGAACUGUGAGAUAAACUGGGCAUCCAGAUGCUCUUGAUGUCCUUAAACCUGUGCAUAGAUCAUUGCAAAUGAAUAAACGGAAAAUAAUUAGACCAAGUAUAUUUUUCACAGAUGAAAAAUGUUUCCUCUUAUGCAGUAAAAUUCAGGCUGGAGUAAUGAAGUAUUGUGUGUCCCAAAGCUUCUCCAGUGAUACAACACUAAUCACAUUUGCAGUCCUGUUCAGCAGUCUGGCUGGCAAAAUAUUGCUAGAUGCUUUUUUUAUUAAUCUGUUUUGAGUUGAAAACUACAAAUUAACUCUUUAUCCACAACCAGCAGAGCCAUGAACAAGCUGGCAGCUUGCUGGAAACCAGGUAUCUUCAGAAAGGCCAGCUGACAUGCCCAGAGCCUCACUGACCCUACCAGUUUGGUUUACUGCCAGACCUUUCGGAUACAUCCGUUCUUUUGCCUUAGUGCAGUAAAACCAAACAAGCAAAGAUAGAUGUAUUGAAAUAUUUGAACUUAGAGGAGUGAUUUAAAACUCAUAAAAGUAUAAGCUAUUCAGCAGGCUGAAAUUCUCUAAUAGCAAGGUAAAAGUUGCGGCAGCUUCCAUUGCAGCGUGCCUAGAAAGGGUCGCUGAUAUUUAGGAGAACAAAAUCAGGCAGAGUAAAGAAAUACCUGGACAUCUCAGCUCGUGCUUACCAGAUGGACAAAGUUGCCCACUUAAGCCAAGGUUUUCAUCAGUGAGCACUAACUCUGUACAUUCAUUUUUUACGGGUGCCAAAAGGAAGGCCUCAUUUGCAGAUACCCUGACUACUUACAGCUGAAGCUUAAGUCAGUGAGACGUGUAAGGUGCAGUGUAAUUCUAAUUCUGCUCCUCUGUCUUCAUAUCUCUCUUAUUCUUAGUUGUGAAAUGGUCCCUCCAAGAAGUAGUGAGGGCUCUCACUUAAGGUAUCUUGUGUCCUGGGAGUAAAGAAAUCAAGAUGAUAAGGACAUCUGAGAACCAAAGCGUCCCACAUUUUAGCAGCUGUCUACUGGAUUGCAAUAGAGUUUGUGGCUCUCAAAACAACACCUUUGAGCACAUCAGGACAAAUCUGAGAAUGCUGAGGAGACUUUGUCAGAUAAAUGAAGACAUUUUAAUUGUCUACAGAGUUGGGCAGUCCUGCAAACAGCAUGACUGGGUUGCUAUCCAGCAUUUAGGUGUGGUUUUGAUAUCUAAAUUCAAACACAUACUGUAGAAUUCGGCAGAGUGGAUCCUAUCAUGCUCUGUAGUCCUUUAAUGGUUAAUCAUUUUUGAUGGAUAAUGUUUUAGAUAGUACAUCAGUAAAGAAAGUUUUCCCUUCAGAUUCCCCUGAUCAGAAGUAGUCUGUUACUUUGUGAAAUGGAACUCUGCUUCCUCUGCCCUAUAAAGAAGGGCAGAGGUUUUGAUUCCUGAGGGAUCUGCUUCUCCCUUGCUUAUUGUAAUCUGAGAAACUGGCAAAGAAAGUAAAAAGGAAUCAAGGAAAGAUACUGCAAACUGUGACCACUCUGAGGUCACUCUGCACGGAAGGACACUUUUGCAGCUCUGUUGUCCAGUGUGAAACAAAGAAGAAGAGGUACAGGAUCAUUCUGUUCGGCUUUCAGAAGGGUUCAGCUUUUUUUAGCAGAACAAGAAUUGUUGCCCAUUUAAACCCUGUCUGUAAAGAGGAGCUAGUGACCCAAGUGUAUUGGGUAAGUAACUAAAGACUAGAUUUAGAAGAGCAGAUACAGCUGGGAUCUUUCUCUGUCAGACCAGUUGAAAUGUUAUUAUAGUAUUGCUCCUGAUUCAUAGCAUGAAUUCAGGGCGUUUAAGAUAAAUGAGAAGCACAUGGUAACAAGAAAAUGAUACCUGCUGCUGAUUUACUUUCUCCCUCACUGUUGCCAUUGCUACGGAACACAUUUUUCAGUGCCUUGGCAGGGAACAUUGCUAACUCCUUUCCUUUCCAUUUUUAAAACAACUUUCCCCACAAACAAUCAUAUAUUUUAAUGUUUUUGAGUACCACAAUGGCCCAAUGAUGGGAAGAUUUAAUCCAUUAUGGCAGUGACACUCUGCUGGGCUAAACUAAAGAUGAAUUUCCCCUUCGAGUACUUUACGCAGUCAAUGGGCAGAUGAGUCACUUCCUGUUAGCCUGCCUUCCCGGUGUGGCACAGAGCCCUGAUCUCCUUCACAUUUUAACACUUGCCUCUCUGAGUUUGUGAUCUAAGAGUCUGUAAAAAUGUGCCUAGUGUAUCUUCGUAGGGUGAUUAUAUACAAAUAUAUAUCAAACCAAUUAUUAAGGUUGAAUACACUGGUAUUUUUUUAAGCUGGUUUUUAUCUGUAUGAAUCUGGUUCAUAAAAGUGAAUGUGUUUUUGUCAUAAAAUCCAGUUGAACCAAACCUUACAAACCUUACAAUUCUAGCAGCGUGUUGAUCAGGUCCUUAUUUAUGAAUGGCCAUGAAAUACUGUUGUUGGAUAUUCAGUGGCCAGACUCCAUUGCCUUAACUGAAAGCAGUUUAUUACGUAAUGUUACUAUGGGACAGGAUCAGGUUUUUACUGGCCGUUGUCCCAUAACAGCAUUCUCCAGAACGGCCUAUGCAGACAUAUUGAUGAGUCAAAGGGAGGAGGAGAGCGAUAAGCCCAACAAUUUAUUUAUAUUUUUCUGUAAAAGCGCUUCACCAUAUUUCUUUAAAACCUUCUGCAGGGCACUUUUGCUGGGGAAGGCCCCCAGGUGCCCAGCCAUGAGUGUUCAGUGGCAGCUGAGAUAGCUUUGGGCAUAUGAGAUGUUGGCACAGCCUUGGCUGGUAUGUCAGAGGACCUCUGUGAGACCCAUGCCCCUCUGGAGCAGGAAGCCAGAUAAGAUAUUCUACAUGGUCUAAAAUGUCACUAGGUAGCUAUCUUUAGGCACCUGAAUCACUCCCUGUUUGUCAGUACUUGUGAAGGGGGAACUGUGAGUAAUCACUCUCUGUUCUUAUGUACAUAGGUGGUUGCUUUAUAGACCUCUGUGAUGGUCUUCUCACUUCUCUCCUUCCUAGCUGAAAGCUCCUGCUGCAGGAGGCUUUUUAGAGAGUCUUCCUCUCUGCUCACCAUUUACAGAAAAAGACUGUUGAUCAUGCCCAGAACUUACUAUCCAGUUUAGAUGGUAUUGACAGCAGUCUUCAUAAGGUAAAGGCAAACUAAAAAGCUGUGCUUGGUUACACCAUCACAAGUUAUUUCCAGAACUCUGUUGGGGACUUUAUCAAGGUUUUUCAUAUCUUCAUUUUUUUCUCAUCUUCGUAGUAAUAUCUUUAAUUGCACUUUCACUCAUUUAUUGAUUACAUCACUUGCAGAGGAGUCUCAGCAUGUCACAUAUCAGCAAUGUAGUAUUUGUCACCUGUUCUUUGCAGGCAUCACUGAAAAAGUGAAAUUCAAGGCAAACAACAUAGCAAUCCUUAGACUUUUAUGUAAAACUUCUCCUGCAUGCAAAGGCAGCAUGGGAGAAAGCAGCUGUUUUUCUAUUCAUUUUUUUUUAAUGAUUUUAACCCCUUUAACUUAAAGCUAAUAAUCAGUUCUGAUCCUUCAAGAUUUCCUGAAAUUCUUUCUGGAGACAGGAGAAUAUGUGAGUAUUUAGUAGCUUUCAACACUUAGGUACAAAGCUGUGGUUCAUGACCUUCUCAUAGCCCAGUCUCACUUGAGAAAGUUGGCAGUGCUCUGCCAGAUAAAACUUCAAAGGGAUAUGGCCUGUGACUGCUGCCACUGGUUCCUUACCCUCUCCUCUGUCACCUACCCUCUGCGUAGCUGCCUCCUUGACUUACCCCCUCCCUGGCCCAUGUUGCUUCCUCUCUCUAGCGUAGGACUGCUGUCACUGCCUGGCACAGCAAUGUCAGCGGAGCCCUCCCCAGUACUCCCCCGGAAAGUGUUACCCCUGUUAUUUUAAGCACUUUGGGAGUGAAUACCUAGUAAAUACCCAGUUGAUCCCUAGCUUGUAAAACCUAUAACAGGAAUCACUUGCCACAUAAACAUGUACAAAACCAGCCUUCAGUUCAUACCCAGUAUUACACAAAUACUAAGCAUGACACAAAAAAUGUGGCAGAAGACAAACUGAAAAAGGGAUUAUGUGCCAUGUGUAUAAGCAGCUCUGCUAAGAAAUUCUUGUGCUGACUGCCAACUCGUCUUACUCCAGUUUAUUUGCUGCUUUGGGUUCUAAAUAACUAUUAAAAGAAAACAACCCUACAUGACUGUGUUUGCUUGUUGCUUACGUUAUUCUCAAAACAUUAGUGUGAAUUUCAUUAUUCCUAUCAAAUAUAUACAUAAAUGUGUUAAGUUUUGUAAUAUGCUGUGUACCAGCAUUACAAAAAUAUGUGAGCUAAAGCCAAAAGUAAGACAAAGUCAAAGCAGAAGUAGAACCUUUAGUUAAUGGAUUCAACAUGAACAGAUCUCCCAAGUGAGGCCAAAUAACAUCACAUUCUAGAGGGAAUGUAUUUAUUGAUGGGCAGAUGAGGUAAACAGAGUAUUAAGUGCUCAGUAUUUCAUGAGAAUGAGACAAUAGCUUCAUUAAUAAUAAAUGCUAAUUAUGUCAUCUCCCUUAGGUAUCUGAUAUUCCCUGGUUUAUCAAUACUUUCCUUCCUGUUAGGCAGGAGAUGGUUAAUAGUUCCAAGGAAUACCAUUGUUCUUUACUGUGAGAAAAGCACAGCUGCUUUAGAAAAUACAAUGAAAAUAUGUUUAUUGUCAAGUUUUAUUUGCUGAACAAACAUUGUAUGUAUAAUUACAAUUGUAAACAUAAUAAUUGUAUGUUUAAUUGUAUAAAUGUAUACCUACAAUAAUAUAUACAACAUACCUAUUGUGUAGUAUGUAUAUUUAUUUUGUAUAAGAAUGUAAAUAUUAUUGUACAAGUACAAUGUAUUACUGCAAUGUAACUUAGGAAAAUAGAUCCUUCGGAGCAAUGACAUUUAAGUCACUAAUUUUUCCUAACUUCCAUUCAAUAAUAUGAGAUAGUAAUAUCAUGUGAGAAAGCAAGCAAAGUAAACAGAUUCAGGACUUUAAA